AUGAAGGCUAUUCAGCUUCUGUGUCUAUGCACAACAUCAAAUAUUAAAGAAUAUGGAAUAGAUGCAGUUCUUAAGCCAUUCAUGACAGACUUGAAGAAGCUGGAAGAGGUAUGCACUAAAUACUGUUUUAAAAAUAAUUAACAGACAGUUUCCACAUGACCACAACUGCGGAUGAAAAAUGUUAAUUACAUAAGAACAUGCAUAAAGCAGCCAUUUCUCUAGUAAAAGAUAGUUCAUCGUAACGCUAACCGUAACAAUACAAUGACAUUAGCUCGUAACCUUUUCUCAUUAUUUAAAGCCAAAUGGUCAUCCCUUUACCAUAAAUGGAAGUGAAGAGAACAUCACUGGAUCCAUAGCAUACACGUCUGCAGACAACCUUGGUGCACAAUUAUUGGGGGGAUUCAAAGAAAGUUGCAGUGCAAAUAAGCCAUGCCGAUACUGCCUUGCAACAGCUGAAGAGAUGAAAUCUAAGGUAAGACAACAUAUGAGAAAUAUUACUGUAUUGUACUUUAAGUUGGCCAUUAAAACCCACGGGCCUUCUGCCUUCCAACUAAAUAGAUCAGAUCUAAGUAAGAUAAUUAUACAGUGUACAAUUUUUCUAUCAUCAAUAAUAAUUACCAUUAAUCUCUUUCAGUUUCAUGAAAAAGAAUUUGUUUUACGAACCAAGGAAAGCUACAACAUCCAAGCUGAUCAAGUUCAAAAAUACGGAGAACACUUCAGCAAAACAUAUGGCAUUAAUCGAAAGUCCAUUCUAACUGAGAGCAAUUAUUAUCAUGUAGUUGAUGGUUUGCCACCUGACAUAAUGCAUGACAUUUUAGAGGGUGUGUUGCAAUAUGAAACAAAGGAGAUGUUGAAAAACUUUAUCAAAGUGGAACAUUACCUCACAUUGAAGAUCCUGAAUGAUCGAAUUGCCAAAUAUGACUUUGGAUAUUACAAUGACACCAACAAACCAUCACCAAUAACUGAAGCAAAGUUUUCAUCAAAUGACAACAGUCUAAAACAACAUGGUUAGUUGUACAGUUGCAAUGUACUUUCAUACUGUAUUUUAAAUUGAUUACAUGAAUGAUAAUGUAUUUCCACACUUAUUCCAGCUGUCCAGAUGUGGUGCUUGGCAACACACAUACCACUCAUAAUUGGAGAUUUAAUUCCACUUGAAAACGCCCGGUGGAUUCUUUAUCUAAAGCUAUUAGAGAUCAUAUCACUUUGUUUUGCACCUGUUAUAUCAAAGGAUCAAGUUGCCUAUCUGCAGGUUCUUAUCAAUGACCACCAUCACAAAUUUAGAGAGCUUUAUCCAGAAUGCAGUAUUAUUCCGAAAAUGCAUUUCAUGGUACAUAUGCCAACUGCCACGAUGAGGUAACAUAGGACAUUUCAUAAACAUUUCAGGAUCCUACCAGAACUAAAAAAAAGUUCCAGCCGGAACGGAACUUAGACUAAUAUAUGCAUAUUAUUUGACGUACCUCUUACUGUGUUGUUGGUGAAGCCAAAGACCAGUUUCUUUGUGCAACUUUCAGCAUUUUGAAAUUUAUGCAUUUUUUCUGCAGGAGUUAGAUAAAAUGUAACAUUUAAAUUUUAUCAUCUUUAUGUGAUGCUGUGAUGCAUACUUUAUAUGAAAACCAACAGGAAUAUGAAUGCGGAUCUCUGUUCCCUGUCUUUUUCAUAAAUAAACUAUUCUAUAAUAUAAUUAAAUUCUUUUCCCCUCAAAACAAGAUAGUUCCAGUUCCAGCCAUGCUUUUUUAUUAGUUCCGGCCCGGAAGCGGAAAACCUAGAACAUCAGGGUUCCGGCCAGAACUAACCGGCUGGAAUUGCACCUCUAGCUUAGACUUUGUUUUGUAUUCCCUUUUCAUGCUUGACUUUCACUACUUCAAAAAAUUGCACUUUCGCAAAAACAGUAAAACAUAUAAAUAUUCAUAUAUCAUCAAAUCUGGUAUAUUGUACAAUUAUUGCCCAGAAUAUGAAUCUUAUUUUCUCAUUACCAGAAACAUAUUAUUCUUCAAAACAUUUAGAAUGGGACCUCUGGUACGAGCUUGGUGCAUGCGAUUUGAAGCAAAACACCAUUACUUCAAAAAGUUGAGCACUGUGAUUGGAAACUACACCAAUUUACCUUUUACUUUGGCUAUGCGGCACCAACAAUGGCUGUGCUACCAGUUACAAUCUGCUAACCAUGAAUCAGGAUUCCUUGAGAAAGGCGUUGAAGUUGGACCAGGUACUGGUUCUAUGCUCUUUCCAUUAACUGUAAUACAGAUACCCACAUAUCUAAUAACUACUAGUAACUAGUGCACAUCAUUGGAUCAAGAAGAAUCUUUCUGAUAUACUUAGAUGCUAUUUGUGUUGUCAUUGUAGGUUCAACAUUCUGUGCCGGAGAUCUUGAUUACUAUAAUUUACUAGAAGAGCAGGAAUUUGGUAUAGAUCAGACUACUAAUAUUACCAA